AUGCAGCACUCCAUGUUGUUGCGCUUCUUCUUGCCACUGCUCCUUACCCUGCUCAGCCAAGCAAGAGCUCAGUUCCCCCGCCAAUGUGCUACAGUUGAUGCCUUGAGAAGUGGCGCGUGUUGUCCGGAUUUUUCUCCGGUGUUCGGGCCUGGUACUGAUCGCUGUGGUUCAUCUUCAGGAAGGGGUCAGUGUGUACCAGUGAUAGCAGACUCACGGCCCCAUGGCCCACAGUACAUGCAUGACGGCCAAGAUGACCGUGAACAGUGGCCCUUACGCUUCUUCAACCGAACCUGCAGCUGCAAUGGUAACUUCUCUGGCUAUGACUGUGGGUCCUGCCGACCUGGCUGGAGUGGAGCUGCCUGUAACCAGCAGAUCCGCACAGUUAGGAGGAACCUUCUGGACCUGAGUGCGAAGGAAAGGAAUGAUUUUGUCAAUGCCUUACACCAAGCCAAGGCUACAAUACAUCCUGAUAUUGUCAUAGCCACCAGGAGACAUGAGGAGAUAUUGGGACCUGAUGGCAACACACCACAAUUUGAAAAUGUGUCCAUUUAUAACUACUUUGUGUGGUCCCAUUAUUACUCUGUCAGAAAGACUUUCCUUGGUGCAGGGCAGCAAAGUUUUGGAGGAGUGGAUUUCUCUCAUGAAGGACCAGCCUUUCUCACUUGGCAUAGGUAUCAUCUACUGCAACUGGAGAGAGACAUGCAGGAGAUGCUACAGGAUCCCUCUUUUGCACUUCCCUACUGGAAUUUUGCUACUGGUGGAAACACCUGCGAUAUUUGCACAGAUGACUUGAUGGGCGCUCGAAGCAAUUUUGAUGUCUCUCUUAUAAGUCAGAACUCCAUCUUCUCCCAGUGGCGUGUGCUCUGUGAAAACCUAGAAGACUAUGAUACCUUGGGAACCAUUUGUAACAGCACAGAAGGUGGUCCAAUUCGAAGGAAUCCUGCUGGAAAUGUUGCCAGGCCAAUGGUUCAGCGUCUCCCAGAACCACAGGAUGUUGCUCUUUGUUUAGAAGUUGGUUUGUUUGACACUCCUCCUUUCUAUUCCAAUUCAACAGACAGUUUCCGUAAUACAGUAGAAGGAUACAGCGAUCCUUCAGGGAAGUAUGAUCCGGCAGUUCGCAGCCUUCAUAAUUUGGCUCAUCUGUUUUUGAAUGGAACAGGGGGACAAACUCAUUUAUCUCCAAACGACCCUAUUUUUGUCUUCUUGCACACAUUUACUGACGCUGUUUUUGAUGAAUGGCUGAGGAGACAUAAUCCUGAUAUUUCAAUAUACCCACUGGAGAAUGCCCCUAUUGGACAUAACCGGCAGUAUAACAUGGUGCCAUUCUGGCCCCCAGUUACCAAUAAUGAGAUGUUUGUUACUGCACCAGAAAACCUGGGCUACAGUUAUGACGUUCAAUGGCCAAGCCGGGCUCUGCAGGUCACAGAGAUCAUAACUAUUGCAAUAGUGACUGCAUUGAUUCUGGUUGCAAUUAUUUUUGCUGGUGCUACAUGUAUUGUGCACGCUAGGAAAAACAAGGAUGAAUUGCAUCAGCCUCUUCUCACUGACCAGUAUGAGCGGUAUUCAGAUGAUUAUGAUAGCAUACCAACCCCAAGCCAGUCUGUGGUUUGA